AAUACCGCAAUAUGGCAAUAGGCAUUAAGCCAAGGAAGCAAACGUAAAAAAGCAGUUGUUUCUCAGCGUGUUGCGAUUGCAAUUUUCUAUUCAUCCAAACAAUGGAAAGUGUCGUCAAAGCUGUUGGUUUACCCGUAAAUUUCUUAGAAGAAGUCGACGAUGAUUUGGAAGAUGAACGAGACGAAAAAGCUCCAGCAAAGCCCGAUAGCAAUAUUCGGAAACGACGGUAUAGUUCAGAGGAGGAAUACAGAAGAGAAAGGAAAAAAAACUAUGAAAUAGGCACACGCUAUUGGGGAGAUGAAGGCCCUAGAGAUAACUACACACAACAUUCAAGAGAACAAGAUCAACAUUCAAGAAAAAGAGAAAAUCAAUUGAAAAAGGAUGACAGAAAAACUAGUGAACAAGGUCCUUUAAAUGAAGAGGAUACUAAAGAGCCUAAGAGAGUUAAAGAAAUGGAUCCAGUGCUGACACGAACCGGAGGAGCUUACAUUCCUCCUGCCAAGUUAAGAAUGAUGCAAGCCCAAAUAACUGACAAGUCAAGCUUAGCUUUUCAGCGUUUAUCUUGGGAGGCUCUCAAAAAAUCCAUUCAUGGAUUAAUCAAUAAAGUCAAUGUGUCAAAUAUCCCAUUGAUUAUAACAUCCUUGUUCAAAGAAAAUAUUGUUAGGGGACGUGGUCUUCUAACUAGGUCCAUCAUUCAGGCACAAGCUGCAUCACCAACAUUUACACAUGUCUAUGCAGCCCUUGCUGCAUUAAUCAAUUCCAAAUUUCCUAACAUAGGUGAACUGCUAUUAUCUCGCCUUAUUCUUCAAUUUCGCCGUGGGUUUCGUCGAAAUGACAAACAAAUAUGUAUGAGUUCGACAAGAUUCAUAGCACAUCUGGUGAACCAACAAGUGGCACAUGAGCUUUUGGCUCUAGAAAUUUUAACUCUUCUGUUAGAAAAUGCAACUGAUGAUUCAGUUGAAGUCGCGGUUGGAUUUUUGAAAGAAUGUGGUCAAAAGUUAGGUGAAGUCUCCCCUCGAGGAUUAACUGCUGUCUUCGAUCGCCUCCGUCAUGUUUUACACGAAGCUGACUUAGACAAACGCGUGAAGUACAUGAUUGAAGUAAUGUUUCAAGUACGAAAGGAUGGCUUUAAGGACAACCCUGCUAUCGUGGAAGAUUUGGAUUUGGUGGAAGAAGAAGAUCAAUUCACUCAUUUGAUGUCGAUACAAGAAGAAGAAUUGGAUCUCCAGGAUAUGUUGAAUGUUUUCAAGCACGACCCGGAUUAUGAAGCCAACGAAGAAAAGUACCAAGCUGUCAAAACAGAAAUUAUUGGAGAUAAUUCGGGCGAAUCAGACGGUUCUGGAGAAGAAAAUGAUGAAUCUGAUGGAGAUAGUGCUUCGGAGGAGGAAGCAAAAGGUAAGAAUAGCAUAUACUUUUACUUGGGUCGAUUCAAUUUGUAUGUUUUUAAUUUUGUUUUUUUAGAACAAGGCGAUAUUGUUGACGAGACGGAGACAAACCUUAUUGCUCUUCGACGCGUUAUUUACCUUACUAUUCAGAGCAGUUUAGAUCACAAUGAAUGUGCCCAUAAAAUGAUGAAAAUGCAAAUGAAACCUGGACAAGAAACUGAGUUAUGCCAUAUGAUCUUGGAUUGCUGCACCCAACAAAGGACGUAUGAAAAAUUUUUCGGCCUUUUAGCCCAGAGAUUUUGCCAGAUUAAUAAGGCAUACAUACCACCAUUCGAGCAAAUAUUUCAUGAUACAUACGACACAAUUCAUCGGCUGGAUACUAACAAGCUUCGCAAUGUAGCCAAAAUGUUUGCCCAUUUACUUUUCACAGAUGCCAUCAGUUGGCAAGUGAUGGCUAACAUUCGACUAACUGAAGAAGAUACUACAAGCUCUUCGAGAAUAUUUCUUAAAAUUUUAUUUCAAGAAAUGGCAGAGUACAUGGGUCUCAGCAAGCUAAAUCUUCGCCUCAAAGACCCGACUUUGCAACCGUAUUUUGAAGGAGUUUUCCCUCGCGAUGAUCCUCGCAACACUCGAUUUGCCAUUAAUUUCUUUACUUCCAUCGGUCUAGGAGGGUUGACAGACGAACUUCGGGAACAUCUUCGGACUCACCCUAAGCCGCCGCCAAUUACUGUUCCAGCACCAGUGUCCUCAUUGUCAGCUGCCGCUGCACAGUUGUUAUUGGAAGAUUCUGAUUCAGAUUCAAGUUCAUCGUCGUCUUCAUCUUCCUCGUCAUCAUCAUCUUCGUCUUCAUCAUCGUCAUCAACAUCUUCAUCAUCGUCCUCAGACGGAAAAACGAAAAAGAAAACUUCUCGGUCAAACCGUCGUUCAAAUGAUAGAACCUCGAAGUCUGUGAGUCGUUCGACUGACAAACCUCGCGAAGACAGUAAACCUAGUAGCAAACAUGCUGACGAUGGUUCUCGUGAAGAUCGACCUAAAAGAAUUGAGCGUUCUCGCAGAGAGGAACAUUCUCGCAAGGAAGAAUAUUCUCGUAGAGAGGAUCAUUCUCGCAAGGAAGAACAUUCUCGCCAAGAGGGUCGACGCCGCACUGAAUCCAACGAAGGGAAACGAACUGAAAGAAGAAGAAGAACCAGAACUCCAGAAGACAAAGGACGUGACCCUAAAUAUCCAGAUGAUCAAGGGAAAAGUAAGAGCAGUAGACACAGGCAGGAUUAUGAAGAUGAAUUCAAAAGUCGUCAUUCCCGUCGAUAGAUGUGUGCUGUAUUCGGCUUGUUUUUUUUCCCCAAUGAAAUAUACUUCUUUUACCUCGU